CACAAAACGCUCGUCUACGCCCCCUUCAGUCGUACGUCUGCGGGAGCGCGCACCGGGCCCGAAAACACUGAGCGCGACACCGCGGCUUCCCCCUCUCCGUUUGUGUGCAAACCACCGGGUGUUUUCGCCGCUUCCGCCAGUUCCUGCCAUGGGCACAGCCUCCGGGAAUCCCUCACCCCCCCAGCACUGAGUGCCCCCGGCCGCCAUGUUGUGUGCGGAACCGCAGAGCCGCCGUUGACAGACACCGGGCCCGAGCCCUGACCCCCUGGAGGAGCCGCCGCCAUGGCUGAGCAGACCUAUUCCUGGGCUUAUUCUUUGGUGGAUUCUAGUCAAGUCUCCACGUUCCUGAUUUCAAUCCUUCUUAUAGUCUAUGGCAGCUUCAGGUCUCUCAACAUGGAUUUUGAAAAUCAAGACAAGGAGAAGGAUGGUAGUAGCUCCCCUGGGACCUUUAGUGGGAACAGCACCAACAAUAGUAUUCAAACUAUUGACUCAACUCAGGCUUUGUUCCUUCCCAUUGGCGCAUCUGUCUCUCUGCUGGUCAUGUUUUUCUUCUUUGACUCUGUACAAGUCGUUUUUACAAUUUGCACUGCUGUUCUUGCAACAAUAGCAUUUGCAUUCCUUCUGCUCCCAAUGUGCCAGUAUUUAACCAGGCCCUGUUCUACUCAGAACAAGAUAUCCUUUGGAUGCUGCGGCCGUUUCACAGUUGCUGAGCUGUUGUCAUUCUCCCUUUCUGUGAUGCUUGUCCUUAUUUGGGUGCUCACAGGUCACUGGCUGCUCAUGGAUGCCUUGGCCAUGGGACUGUGUGUGGCAAUGAUUGCCUUUGUUCGUCUGCCCAGUUUGAAGGUGUCUUGUCUGCUGCUUUCUGGGCUUCUCAUAUACGAUGUUUUUUGGGUUUUCUUUUCUGCCUACAUAUUUAACAGCAAUGUAAUGGUAAAAGUGGCUACGCAACCAGCAGACAAUCCUCUGGAUGUAUUAUCUAGGAAGCUUCAUUUGGGACCCAAUGUUGGAAGGGAUGUUCCCCGGCUUUCCCUGCCAGGGAAACUAGUAUUUCCCAGUUCCACAGGGAGUCACUUCUCAAUGCUCGGGAUUGGAGACAUUGUGAUGCCUGGUCUACUACUAUGUUUCGUCCUACGUUAUGAUAACUACAAAAAGCAGGCAACCAGUGAUGCCUGCAAUGCCCAAGGGAUCCCCAAUAUCUCUGGGCGCAUGCAGAAGGUUUCCUACUUCCACUGCACACUAAUUGGGUACUUUGUAGGACUGUUAACAGCAACAGUGGCCUCGCGUAUUCACAGAGCUGCCCAGCCUGCCUUGCUCUAUUUGGUCCCAUUUACUUUAUUACCGCUACUUACUAUGGCCUAUCUAAAGGGUGACCUUCGUCGAAUGUGGUCCGAGCCAUUCCAUGCCAAGGCCAGCAGCUCCCGCUUCCUGGAGGUAUGAUGGGAGUAGAGGACAUAUGAGGCCAAACUUGGCAGGAUUUGUUUUCUUUGGCUUUAUCACCUCUGCAGAACUCAGUAUGUAACACAGAGCUACAGCUGAUGGACCUCGAACAAAUGGAUUUUGUGUAAAAAAGAAAAAAAAGAAAAAUAUCAAAAAAGAAAACACAUUCAUCGAAAAGGGUUUUGGGGCUUUUCCCUUCACUAUAUGGCCAUAGUGUCACCACCCUUCACAAUACUCUCAAUAUCGCAUUCUGGACUCAUGGGGAAGACAAACCUAACUUUAAUAUGGGAGCCAGGAAGCCAGAAAAACCAUACAAAGGAUAAAAUACUGAAUCUUUUGAGAUCUGACUGGCCCACAGCCUUUGUAGCAUGGACAUUAAAGGCCUCUCUGAUAUGGACUCAAAUCCCUUAAAUCCUGAGGAACCAGACCACAUGGGGAAUGGCAUUGCCCUCUAACCAGCUAACCCCUCCUGUUAUUGAUUCUUUUUAUUUUUUUUUUUUUUUUUUUUUUUAGUUAAAUAUCUUUUGUGGUGUGAAGUGACUUUUUAGAUCUCAGCCAGUGUGAGUUACUCGCAGUAUAUACAUAGUCUGUUGUAUUUAAUUUCAUUUCACUCCCAUUUCAUGUUGCAGAGGGCAAGACUGAGAUGAUAUAUAUUUUCUAUGGAUAGUAUAAAUAUUCACAGAAGAGGCCAGUUUGGGUCAGGCCUACUGUGAUCCGUCGCAUGUCCUGCACUUUCAUCUUCGGCUUUAUAUGACUAAUCCAUCCCAGCAAAAGUGAAGCCUCAGUUCCAAACCAGUGUAUUGUGUGCUCGUUCUGAUGUAUUCAUGGGCUGUUUAGUGACUGUAUUUGGUUCUGAUCAAUGUAGUGAUCUAGGGCAGAUGGAAUGUUCCAAACCCUUUGUCUUUUCAUCUGCGCGCAGCAUUUUUAGCGGUUCCCCCUGGACUUUUGCAUGUCUGACUUGCUGCGCUCAUUGCUCCCUCCAUCAUCAUAAUGUUAUCUUCUUGUAAAUACAUUUUUUUGUUCAUUUUCUUUUUUAUUUUACUUUUUUUUUUUUUUUUGGUAUUUUAGUAUUGUUUCAUUUUGUCUGCUGUAUUUCUGAACCUCUCAUGUGACUCCUUCCAAUGGAAACAAAACCCUACAAAAAAAAAAAAAACUACUCCAUU